UGUUUGAACUUUGAAUAGAGACUAAAAACUUCAUAUGUGUACUUUAAUGAUCAUGGUCAUAAUCUGUGUGUAAAAGCUUUUGUGUGUAUGAUGGCCCUUAUUUAGAAGUAUUCAGAGAACUAGAAAAAUGACUUCUGUAAAGUCACAAUUACUUGAGAAUUCAUGGUUUACUUCCUUUUUUUAACAAGAACUCUGCAUAAACAAUUGUCAAUGUCUUUCCAUAUUGCGACUAGAAAUAGUCAGAAACAUCUACACAUUUCCAUUAGAUAAAUAUAUUCAUGUACCGGUAGUAAUUUAGGUGUAAAUGGCCCUGCCCAGGCCAAGCCUAUUGGUUGAGGCCCCUCAGAGCAGUUUGUGCAUUUCUCAGUGUGUACUGUAUGGAAUGUUGGACAGGAGUGUCAUAGCUGGCACACUUUUACCAGCAGGUCAAAAGGACACAGAAGGUCAAUCCUGGAGUCAAUGUGCAUCUGCAGUCUUUUAAUGAUGGGAUAAAAAUACUUUUCAAUAUCAGUCACAACACUAUUCAAUUGGUACUGAGUUUGAUCACCUGUUAAACCGUUACUUUAAAUUGGUAUUCAAUUCAUUAUCAGAAUGUCCAUUUAUGUUUUUGACUGAAUGACUAGAAUUGACCUUAACCUUUACUGUACUACUUGAACAUAGCUCCAAAUGUCAACAUGUGAAUGUUUUUAGUCAUUGGGGUAUUUGCGACCUGCAGAACUGUCAGUCUACUAAAAUGCUCACAACAAAAUGUACCCUGCACUAGUCUCCUCAUCUCUAUUUUAAACCCUCCCUCUCUCUGUAUUUAUUAUAUUCUCCUUACUCUCUCAUCCCUCUCUUCUCUCUCUCCUGUCUUGGUCUCUGUCCCUGUGUGUAUUUGGGGUUAGGGUUAGACUCAGGUAUUUCUCACCCUGUCAAGGAGAAGAGGCUGCCUGAGAACCUUAUGGAACCCUGAGAGAGGGAGAGCAAGGGAGAGAGCGAGAGGAAGGGGAACCAGUGCCGUGAGUGGGGAGUGAGAAUGCUGUAAAGAGCACAGUUCAGGGAGGAAAUAAACUGGGCUUUUCUGUCUUUAUUUAUUUUUUAACUGGACUAUCCAAUACGUUGAGUGAGGGUCUGGUCUCAGUGGAUUAUACAGAACCAAACAGACAUAACCAGCACCAUGGGAGCCCCCAGGGUGAAGGUGUCCGUUAUCUCGCCGCUGCUCAUGCUCCUAUUGUGCACCCCCCCCUCCCACGCGCAGGACGAGUACUCUGGUUACCACUCAGGUGAUGAACACACCUAUGAGGGCUCCUUGGUCGACAACUAUGAGCAUUCAGGAUACCCACAACCAGAGGAAUACCCACCGGAGCACACUCACAGCUAUGAGGAGCAGCAACCUUCAUCUGGAUAUGACCCCUAUGCACCAGCCCCCACCAGUGUGAGCAUGAUCACAGAGGACUCCUACCCCUACACCACCACCACACAGGUGCCAUACGAGCAGGAGCCCUACGAAGAGUCGCUCCAGGCCCCUGAUGGUGGGGAGGCUUCUCUGGGGGAGGAGGGGCCAACAGACUGUAACUGUGAGCCAGGAGAGCCAGGGUUCGCUGGGUUUGCAGGGCCCAAGGGAGCCAGAGGACUGCAAGGUAAAGAUGGCUUCCCUGGGGCUCAAGGACGGGAGGGGUACAAAGGAUUCAAAGGAGUACUAGGAAGAGGAGGAGACACAGGGCCUGAGGGUGAAUCCGGGCCUGAUGGGGAGGACGGUGCCUCUGGUUUCUCUGGAGCCCAGGGCUUGCCUGGUCUUCCUGGCGAUCCAGGUGAGAAUGGGGUGCUAGGACUGAAGGGUGACAUCGGUAUGGAGGGGCCACGCGGCGGAGUCGGGGUAACGGGUGAGACUGGUCCAGUUGGUGAGGCAGGGCCUGGUGGGCCUGAUGGAACUGGAGGUAUCAAGGGAUCAACUGGAGCAGAAGGGAAACAGGGUCCUGAGGGAACAGAAGGGGAAAAGGGUCAGAUUGGAGCACCUGGAUUCUCAGGAGACCAUGGGGAGAUGGGCUAUAAUGGGUAUCCUGGAGAGCCAGGAGGCAGAGGAGAGACCGGUCACAAGGGUGACCAAGGCCCAGGGGGCAUGCCAGGCAGUGAUGGGGAGCCUGGAGAGGAUGGUCCUCUUGGAGUUCCUGGGGUGAUCGGCUUUCCUGGAGAGUUUGGACAAAAGGGUGCGAGAGGGGAUCGUGGUGUGAGGGGACCUCUUGGGAGAGUAGGAGCUGGGGGGCCUCAAGGAGAGAGAGGAGAUGCAGGAGUUCCAGGGAAACCAGGACCUAAAGGCCUGCAGGCUCAGCCUGGAGCCAAAGGGGAUACAGGUCCUGAUGGUGAGAAGGGUGGAGUUGGAAGAACUGGAGUGAAGGGAGGGAAAGGAGACAAGGGAAGUUUUGGAGCACAUGGUGACAAAGGACAGCAAGGGGAGAGAGGUACCAUCGGCCCUGAUGGCAUUGUUGGACGAAAUGGACCCCCCGGCAUCCCAGGCUCCAGAGGAGAGCCAGGUCCAGGCGGUGACCUGGGCGUCAAAGGUGGCUCUGGACCUAAAGGAGUGUCAGGUGCCCCUGGCCCUGGGCUGACAGAUGAGCAGGUAUUGCAGCUGUGUAAAGGAGUGGUGACAGCCCAGAUCUCCCAGUAUGCAGCUUCCAUCCGGGCCAAGUGUUCCCAAGGCUGCCCCAUCAACAACCGCACACUCAUUGGGCCGCCCGGAACCAGGGGACCAACUGGAGACUCAGGCAAACCCGGUAAAGCGGGCAAAGCUGGAGUCAAAGGAGCCAGGGGCAUCCAAGGGGACACAGGAGUGGAUGGUCAGAAGGGGGCAGAGGGGGAAAGAGGUACAAAAGGUCUGAAAGGAAAGGGGGGUGAGCCUGGUAAAGGUCUGCCAGGACACGAUGGGCAUCAAGGCCUCAGAGGGCUGCCAGGCCACCCAGCCGAGCCAAAAACCGGUAUGGCAGGUCCUAGAGGGCCCCGUGGUUUCACAGGCGCUUUAGGCCAGCCUGGCAUGGCGGGAAACGCAGGAGUGCCCGGCUUCUGUGAGGCACGGGACUGCAGCAUUCACGCGUCUGUGAUGCGCAAGGAGCAGGGCCUAGUGAAAGGACCCCGCGAUCUAAGCCCCAAGAUCUAACCCCAACAAGGAGCUUCAGGAAGGGGUGAAGGAAUGGUCCACGAUGAGGGGUCAUGUUGGACGAUCGCUCCAUGGCAACGUUGGGGUUAAUUCCAUUCACAUCUCAGCCAUACCAGGAAUUGAAGUUGACAUUGAGUUUUGAACUGGGAAAUGACCAAUGUGUACAGCGUGGAUCUUUUUGAAUUUCAUAGCUAAUUCAAUUCCUGUAAUGACUGGUAUUGAAAUGGAAUUCAUCCGAGCAUUGUUCAAUGAGGCUCACCAGUGGUGGAAGGGUUUGGUGGGACACGCUGGACUCUGCACAGGGAGAUGAAGGCUCCCAAUGAACUCUAAUGUUUAGGCAUAAUUGAUCACUUUUUUUUCUAGGCCAAAACAAUCCUUAUGAAUUUUUUAUGCUAAAACUAAAAAUGUAAUUGUCUUCCUCCAAGCAAACCAUAAGUAAAGGGUCUUGAGAAACUGGCUAAAAGAAAUUGGCAGAAAAUUAAACUUGCAGGUGUCUCUGGCUACCAGUCAGGUUUUGUUUUUGAUAUGAUCAACAAUGCUGCGCAUACAUUGAAAAUAAAAAGUUAUGUAAAUAAUUUUGUAAAGUAUCGCAAGUACAUGUACUGUGUGUUCUGAAAUAUCACUGUUUUAGAUAAAUUCUGUCUUACUUUUCGUAAGAUGAGUCCUCACUUUUUUGUCGCCACAGUUUGAGUGUCUUUCUGAGAAUGUGGUCUCUUUCAGUCAUCUCAUGUUAUUUGGGUUAAUCGAAAGAACCCCGUUUUUUUUACCAUUUACAGAUGUUCACAGACAAGAUCAAAUUGAUCAAAAUAAAAUAAAAACGUACUAUUUGAUAUUA